CGUCAUCGCCGCUGAGACCUUCGCUUAUCACGACUAGGCCAGGCUCGAAGUACAUGCAGCGCGUCUCGACAGCGCCAUCGCUGCUCAUCCAAUCGCAUCUACUUCAGCACAAGGCUACCAAUUCACUACAACCAAGAAUCGCAUCGUCUAUUCAGAGGACUCAUAACAGACGAAUUUCCGCCUCAGUGGACUCGGCAAAAGCGCUGCAAUCCAAGAAAUCCACACCUGAAGUGAUUGGCAGCGUCUCGGCAGCUGCAGCGCCACGCAAAAUUGCACCAACAAAGCCGGCCGACGGAGACGUCAUGGUGAAGGCGUCGGCGGAGGCGGAACCGAUGGCGAUGACGUCAGCCAGCGGACAAGAUUCACCGUCGCCGAGCAUUCAGACGGCAGUGAACGAGAACGAUUUACGUGUGGAUGUCACGGAAUCAGCGGAUACGUCGAAGACGUCGUCGAGCUUGCUGACGCCUCCAUCAGAAGAUGACCAAGAUUCUAAACCGAGUCCCGCUCAAUCUUCCUGCGAAGCCUUACCUAGGAAAAGAAAAUCAAACGGUGUGCGGAAGCUCACUCAUGAAGAAUCAGUCAGGAAAAGUGGCAGGGUAACGCGAACAUGUGACCCCUCCACUGCAGAUUUUGUUGACAAUUACGUCGAUUCGAAGCGGUUAAAGCAGCCAAGAAUCGUUCAACCUCCAAAAGGAGGCGUACGCAUACCUAAUAUCAUUCCUCGGAACAAAAGUGCAAAGGAAAAGGAUAAGCUUUCCAUAGAUAUGGUUGGUCCCAGAACUAGGAGUAAUCUCGUUGAACCAAGUGUGUCUCCUCUUGGUUCAUCGAGAAAGAGGCAUCACCCGGAGUUAACUUCAAAGAUUGGGCCAGAUCAUCAGGCAUGUUUCGAACCAUUUUACGCUAGUGACUUCAUUGAACCGUGUAGGGUAAAACCUGAUGAGGAACCGGAUAGGGAUGAGUCUGUCUGGCAUCUCGAACCAAGCGGGAGUGCAUCCUAUAAGGAAGAAGAUCUUGACGAAGCCUGGUCCGCCAUCAGGUCUCAGUUUGGUGGCAAGAUUGGCCUGGAUUCGAUGUUGUACUGCCUUAUGAAGCAUAACUACAACAUCGAUGAAAUGUUAGAAAAUAUUGAGAUGGAGCAAUGGAAGAAUUUACCGCAACCUUUUGAAGAGUUAAACGUAGCGCAGCAAAAGGAAUUUGAACGUGUUCUUCGAGAUUUGAAAGGAAAGAACUUUGGUACAAUUCAGGACAAGUUUAUGCGCCAAUAUUAUGUGGGAGAAAUCAUUAACUAUUACUAUCUUUCAAAACGAAAAGCAUGUGUGCAUGAACGGUAUACGCGAUGUACCUGUCGCGAAAGGCUGACAGACGCUGUUGUUGCAAAAGUACCACGGUAUGAGUGUGCAAAUUGCUCGAAGUAUCUGUGGGAAGGAAAACAUCGACCGCCGAAAUAUUGCGCUAUCUGCCAUCUGUACUUCAAGAGAAAUGCCACUCAUCGAAACGUGGUAGGGAAGUUGUUCGAAGACGACGAGAAGAUAGUUAAGCGGUGGAUAGAGUUGGAAAAAGACAAUAAGCGUGCAUUGUCUAGCGAUGAGGUGCUUGAGUGGCUUGAGACGGAGCGUCGCGAGGCAGUUCUAUUGAAUCCUGAUUUCGAUGAGAUACCAACACAUCCAGCAAAGAAGAAAUUGAAAAAUGAGCAGAUUGCCGAACUAACGCAGAAAUUCAAGACAUCUACGAAUCCUAGGUGUGCUCUGCAAACUGAUUAUGGCAAUGUUGUAAGUCGAGUAGCGCUGGAAGGAUUUAGGAGCGACGAGAUCAUCAGGAUCGUCAGAGCCUUCAAGAAAGUAGGAAAGAAAUUUGCUGAAAUAUCGAAUAUCGUUGGUAACCGCACUCCGCAGGAAAUAUCGAUUUUCUACCGCCGAUAUCGGUUACAGUACCACCUAGAUACGCUUUUUGACCAUUCACGCAAGACUCUGCUACCUCCUGUAAUAUCGUCGUCGAAGGUGACACAUCCCGAGAAUGGAUCGUCAUCCCCAACUCCGGAGCCAGCUUUCCGUCGGAAACGAGCUGGAUCGGACCCCUCAUACCCAGAGGCUGAGGUAGCUCCAGCGAAGUCCAAAAGAGUCACAAGGCAGUCAGCUCAUGGGCAUCGAGAAACAGGCGAGCGAGAAUCGAAUGGCCGUCUAGGCUAGGGUCGCUGAUGCCAGUCAGGGUUGUUUAAUGUCGAAGUAAGACUAUAUAGAGUUUUAUUUAUCGCCAAGCGAGCCAAUGUGAUAUGAUUGCGGAUGUUAUACAAAAACUGCGUAGAUUUUUACUCCGGUCCAGCACUUAAACUUCGCUCACUCGCGAAUGUUCCAUGUGUGUUUGACUUUUUGAGAUUUUUGCGCAUCUUCUGCAUCGAGCAGGAAAUUGUAAACGAUUAUGACACUAACUUGAUUUGGACACACACUCUUAUAUCAUCGGGAGGAGAACCCGUGCUUUCCAAAAUGCAGGGUUUGAUUGCCCCUUGCAACAUAGAGUCACUCUUCUCUGUUCUUUCAUCCCGUUCGUCUAGCUAAGUUAGUAAUCCACUCACAAACUAGCUAUAUCUUGGGUCUUAGCAUGUGUAAUAACGGUGUUUGUUUGCGGGUCGAAAAAGUCUUGACCUUAAUUCCGCAGCGCUUGUAAUUGUUCUGAGCUGUCAAAUAUGUUCGGUUGCGCGUUUUGAUUGUGUUUACAGUGUUCGAUUUUCACGGAGAUGCUUUAUAUUGUUACUAAUUUGAUUGUGUAUCGAUGUGUAUAGUACCUUUCGCGAGGGGUUGUGCUGAAUUAUUUGUUCGCGUGACUCCGUCAAAUAUUCUUUUCUAUGAAUGAUUACCGCUGGUUUGUUGUUGGUUUUAUGAUGUGAAUGUUAUGAAGGCGGGUUUUCUCUCUGUACGUAUUUUUUGCCUCGUUUGAACUCGGUUAUAUGAUGUAAACAGCUUUGUAUGAUUAUGUUGUUUUGCAUGCAGUGGCGUUUUCGCUAUUGUGCUGUUCAAGCAAUGUCUUCCGAGAAUGCAUCUACUUUAUGUCUGCAACAGUUUGCGGGAUAGUUUUCGGCCGUAUGGAUAAGUGAAUAUGCUCAUGCUGUAUGAUUCUGUAUGAUAAAAGAUAUCAGAGAAGAG